AUGUCAGAUAUUGAAUCAGAUGGUUCUGAGUACUACUCAGAUGGAUCAGAUGAUUUCGUUCCAACUCCACCCAUAAAGAAAAAUGGCUCAGCUAAACCCCCCUUGUCAGAUUCUACAAACAAUACAUCCACGGCCACCUCAUCUAGAUCAAAUACCCCUGCCUCAACUCAAUUCAAUUCCAAAACAAGUGCUUCUGAAACAUAUCAGAAACUUUCUCAAUUAGAACAUAUCUUGAAAAGACCAGAUACUUAUAUUGGAUCAGUUGAAAAAACCAAGAUUGAAAUGUGGUGUUUUGAUGCUGAAUCAGAAUCAAUGAAAUAUAAAGAAGUUACAAUUGUUCCGGGGUUAUAUAAGAUAUUUGAUGAAAUUUUGGUGAAUGCUGCUGAUAAUAAGAUUAGAGAUCCUACUAUGAAGAAUAUUCGAGUUAAAAUAGAUCCAGAAAAUAAUCUUAUUGAAGUUAUGAAUGAUGGGAAGGGGAUUCCGAUUGAAAUGCAUACGAAGGAAAAGAUGUAUAUUCCAGAAUUGAUUUUUGGUAAUUUAUUGACAUCUUCAAAUUAUGAUGAUAAUGAAAAAAAGGUAACUGGUGGUAGAAAUGGGUAUGGUGCUAAAUUAUGUAAUAUUUUCUCAACUAUGUUUGAAGUUGAAACUGCAGAUUUAAAUACUAAGAAAUUGUAUAAACAAACUUGGACUGAUAAUAUGUCAAAAGUUAGUAAACCUAAGAUUACUACUUUAAAGACUAAAAAAGAAUAUACCAAGAUUACUUUUAAACCAGAUUUAUCUAAAUUCGAUAUGGAUAGUUUAGAUGAAGAUAUUUUAUCCGUCUUAAGAAGAAGAGUUUAUGAUUUAUGUGGUACGGUCAAAAAUUGUAAUAUUUACCUUAAUGAUAAGAAAUUGGCAAUUUCAAAUUUUAAAAGUUAUGUUGAAAUGUAUGUUAAUGCUAUUAAAGAAAGAACUCCAGAGCCUUCAAUUGGAGAAGGUGGUGAAAUGAAGAAUUAUACUACAAUCGUUCAUGAAGUCUUUAAUGAUAGAUGGGAAAUUGCGUUUGCUGUUAGUGAUGGUACAUUUAACCAAGUGAGUUUUGUCAACUCCAUUGCAACUACUUCUGGUGGUACUCAUGCCAAAUACGUUUCUGAUCAAAUCAUCAACAAAUUAGUAGAUACUUUAUCUAAAAAGGAAAAAGGUAAGAAGAAACUUAUGAUUAGACCUCAAGAAGUCAGAGACCAUAUGUUCCUUUUCUUAAACUGUUUGAUUGAAAAUCCAGCAUUCACAUCACAGACUAAAGAACAAUUAACCACGAAAGUUUCACAAUUUGGUGGUAAAGAUAAAUUCGUCGCUAGUGAAAACUUGAUCAAUCGUAUAUUGAAAACCAGUAUUGUAGAUAAAAUCAAAGCUAUCUCAAGAGCAAAUGAAGAUAAAGCCCUUCAAAAAGCUGAUGGUAGUCGUAAGAAUCGUAUCAAAGGUCAAGUCAAUUUAGUAGAUGCCAAUAGAGCCGGUACAAAAGAUGGAUUCAAAUGUACACUUAUUCUUACAGAAGGUCUUUCUGCCAUGAACUUGGCAGUGGCUGGUCUUUCAGUUGUGGGUAGAGAUUUAUAUGGAUGUUUCCCACUUCGAGGAAAAUUAUUAAAUGUUCGUGAAGCUUCUGCUGAUCAAAUUGCCAAAAAUGCCGAAAUUAAUGCAUUGAAGCAAAUUAUGGGUUUACAACAUAAGAAAGUUUAUAAUCAAGAAAAUGUCAAAAGUUUAAGAUACGGACAUGUUAUGAUUAUGACCGAUCAAGAUCAAGAUGGUUCACAUAUUAAAGGUUUGAUUAUCAAUUUCUUUGAAACUUCAUUCCCUGGAUUACUAGAUAUUCCAGGAUUCUUACUUGAAUUCAUUACUCCAAUUGUUAAAGUUACUAUCAAAGGUAGAGGAAAUGCUCGAAAUACCGUGAUUCCAUUCUAUAAUAUGCCAGAAUUUGAAAAAUGGAGAGAUAAUGAAGGUACUCAAUGUCGUUGGACACAAAAGUAUUAUAAGGGUUUGGGUACUUCCACCCCCAUUGAAGCUCGUGAAUAUUUUUCGGCUUUGGAUAAACAUUUAAAACGUUUCCAUGCCCUACAAGGUGAUGAUAGAGAUUUGAUUGAUUUAGCAUUCUCGAAAAAGAAAGCCGACGAUAGAAAGGAAUGGCUUCAGGGGUUUUUACCGGGAACCCAUCUUGAUCCAAACUUGGAUGAUAUUCCAAUUAGUGAUUUUAUUAAUAAGGAAUUAAUCUUAUUCUCAAUGUCUGAUAAUGUUAGAUCUAUCCCAUCCGUUCUUGAUGGAUUAAAACCGGGUCAAAGAAAGGUUUUGUUUGGUUGUUAUAAGAAGAAAUUAAGAAAUGAAAUCAAAGUUGCCCAAUUGGCAGGUUAUGUUUCCGAAAAUACCGGAUAUCAUCAUGGUGAACAAUCCUUAAUUCAAACAAUUAUUGGUCUUGCACAAAAUUUCGUUGGUUCUAAUAAUAUCAAUAUCUUAAAACCAAAUGGUUCCUUCGGUUCUCGUGCUGCUGGUGGUAAAGAUUUCUCAGCUGCGAGAUAUAUUUUCACCGAAAUUAAUGAAAUUACAAGAAAGAUCUUCAAUCCUUUAGAUGACCCCUUAUAUACCUAUGUCCAAGAUGAUGAACAAACAGUUGAACCACUGUGGUAUUUACCUGUCUUACCCAUGAUUUUAGUCAAUGGUGCCGAAGGGAUUGGAACCGGUUGGUCUACCAAUAUUCCAUCCUACAAUCCUCGUGAUAUUGUGGAUAAUAUCCGUAGAUUAAUGAAUGGUGAAGCAUUACAAGAAAUGCAUCCAUGGUAUAGAGGUUGGACUGGUGAUAUUGAACCUAAUGGACCUCAAAAAUAUAAAGUUUCUGGGAGAAUUGAACAACUUGAUAAUAAUACUGUUGAAAUAACGGAAAUUCCAGUUAAGACAUGGACUAAUAAUGUUAAAGAAUUCUUAUUGGCUGGGUUUGGGAAUGAAAAGACACAAGCUUGGAUUAAGGAUAUGGAAGAACAUCAUACUACUUCAAUUCGAUUUAUUGUUAAAUUAAAUGAUGCUGAGAUGGCUAAAUCAUUAAAAAUUGGUUUGUUGGAAAGAUUCAAGUUGAUAUCUUCUAUUAGUUUGGGUAAUAUGGUUGCCUUUGAUCCAUUGGGACGUAUCAAGAGAUAUAAUGAUGCUUUGGAAAUCCUUCGUGAUUAUUAUUAUGUUAGAUUAGAGUUUUAUCAAAAGAGAAAAGAUUUCAUGUCGGAAGAAUUACAAAAUCAAUUAUUGAUGUUAAGUGAACAAGCAAGAUUCAUUAAGAUGAUUAUUGACAAAAAGUUAUCUAUUGCAAAUAAGAAAAAGAAGGAAUUGGUUGGACUUCUCGAACAACAUAAUUUCACUAAAUUCAAUAAACAAGGUAAGCCAAUCAAGGAAUCAUUAUUCUUACAUGAUGAAGAUGAAGAAGAAGAAGAAAUUGCAGAAGCGGCAGAAGGUGACGUUUCGGCAUUGAAUCUUAAACAAGUCGAAACUGAUAGGAAUUCAACUGAACAUAUUCCAGAUACUAUCUUUUCAGCAUAUGAAUAUUUGUUGGGUAUGACGAUUUGGUCAUUGACUAAUGAACGUUACUUGAAAUUAUUGAAACAGCGUGAUCAAAAGGAAUCCGAAUUGAAUGAAUUGUUACUGAAGAGUGCUAAAGAUUUAUGGAGUAUCGACUUGGAUGAGUUCUUAGCUGAAUUUGAUAAAUUCUUAAUCCGUGAUGAACAUGAACGUGAAUCAUUAUCUUCUGGAGGUGACAAAAAGAAGAAGAGAACUAGAAAGGCGCCAGCUGCAAAGGAACCAGCAAAGAAGAAAGUUAAAGUAGAAGAACCGGUUGUUGUUGCUGCAGUACGUAAAUCCAAAUCUCCAGAAUUGGCAUCUUCGGAAGAACCUGUGACAAAGCCAAAGAAGGAAGAUGAUAUCUUGACUUUCUUCUCACCAAAGUCGAACACUAAGACAGUUGGAGGUGGUUCCAAAUCAACCAAGAAGAAACCAGCAAGUACUUUCUUUGACAGUGAUGAUGAUGAUGAUAUCAUAUUUGGUUCAAGCCCAAUUUCAACCCCAAAGAAAUCAACGUCUUCUUCAAAGAGUUCAAAGAAGCCAAGUCCUGUACAGAACAAGGACACACCACCACCAGUGACAAAAAAGGCUCCUGCUAAGAAGCCAGGAAAGAAGCAGGCCAUGUUGGACGAGUUGGAAGACUUGAAGAUUGACAUGGUUGAAGAGGUAGUUGAACCAAGAGGUGCUGGUAGUAAAAGAGCGCUGAAGAAGAUAACUUACACUCUUGUUGAUAGUGAAGAAGAGGAUGAAAAUUCUGAUAUUGAGAUCAUAUCCGACGAUGAUGAAUAUGAAGAGGAUUAA